UUUUCUUUGUGUGCUGCGUUUCCUUCUCACAUUACAGUAAACUUAGCUUAUCCAUCCACCACCGCCCUUUAAGUUUAUACUAGUGUAUGUAAACUUUCAGAGCCAGCCAGAGGCAGAGAGUGCAGAGGUGGAAGUGGCUGCUCCCUCCCAGCGGGCUGUGUGAGUGGUAUCUUCUACAUAGGUGUAGCAUUGCACCGCUUCAGACUCGAUGCUCAGAGUGAUGAACAUUUAGUCGUCAUCCAACAUGUCCAAAUAUCUGAAGCAUUUUACCUCUGUUGGUGACAACCAAGGUGACAAACAAUGGAGUCAUGAAGAUGAGGAGAAGCAGCCGCAGCACGAGGAGGAGGUUGAACCUGAAAAGACUCCCCAUCCAUUUACGUCCUCCUACAGCUUCAGGGACGCCUUAAAAUGGCUUUUCAGUUCUCACAAGUUUCAUAUUGUUAUUGUAACUCUGGUUAUUUUGGAUGCUUUAUUUGUCCUCAUCGAGGUACUUCUGGAUUUAGAGCUGUUAGCAGAGAAAGUUAGUCAUGUGGUACCAGAGGUAUUUCAUUAUUUGAGCAUUUCUGUCUUAUCCUUCUUCCUGUUGGAAAUUGUGGGUAAACUGUAUGCUUUCCGGCUGGAAUUCUUCCAUCACAAGUUUGAAGUGUUUGAUGCAGUUAUCGUUGUGAUCUCUUUCAUCAUUGAUGUGGUCUACAUAACACGAGAAGAUGUUUUCAACGCAGUUGGGCUGUUAAUUUUACUGCGGCUUUGGAGAGUCGCCAGAAUUGUGAAUGGUGUAAUUUUGUCUGUGAAGAGUCAGGCAGAAGAGAAGAUCAACAAGUUAAAGGAAAAGCAGGAGACCCUCCUUGCCCGAGUGGCACAGUUGGAGCAGCAGUGCACCCAUCAGGAGGAAGAGAUUGUCAGACUUCAGACGUUAUUACAACAAAAUAACAUAUUUCCAGAACCCAAAGACCCAAACUUCUCAUAAAGCCAUGAAGUAAAGUGUUACAUUCUUAGCAGACCAGCGUCUUUUUUUUUUUUUAAAGUUAUACGUUUGUAGUGGUUGUAUCUGAGCAGUGGUUGUAUCUGAGCAGUGUGUGUGUGUGUGUAUGAUGCAAAGACAACAUUAUGUUUGAUUUGUCAUGUUUAAUCUUUCAAAAUACAAACAUGUACAUUAAUAAAUACACCAAUUUGUACAUACAUUGAGAAUCACAAAAUAAUUCUGUUGUAAAAAAUAAUAAAUAUGAAUUAUUGAACCAGAAACAAA